AUGUCCACCGCUCCGCUCGAGAAGAAGCCGGUCAAGUUCAGCAAUCUGUUGCUGGGCGCCGGUCUGAACAUGUUCGAGGUCACGACCUUGGGCCAGCCGCUCGAGGUCAUGAAGACCACCAUGGCUGCCAACCGAACGGAUGGCAUGGCUGGCGCUGUUGCCCGUAUCUGGAGCCGUGGUGGAGUCAUGGGAUGUGAGUAGAAUCCCAACAUCUCGCGUCCGCGAUUCUGUACAGACAUACAGGUGUUAAUGGAGCUUGCGCGCGCAGUCUACCAGGGUCUCAUCCCAUGGGCCUGGAUCGAAGCCUCCACCAAGGGAGCUGUCCUCCUCUUCGUUGCUUCCGAGGCCGAGUACUACGCCAAGAGCUUCGGCGCGAACAAUUUCGUCUCUGGUAUCGUGGGAGGUAUGACUGGUGGUCUUGCCCAGGCAUACGCGACCAUGGGUUUCUGCACGUGCAUGAAGACGGUGGAGAUGACCAAGCACAAGGCACUGGAGGCCGGCAAGAAGCCCCCGGGCACCAUGGAGACCUUUAUGAACAUCUACCGUGCUGAAGGUAUUGCCGGAAUCAACAAGGGUGUCAACGCUGUUGCUGUCCGUCAGGUCACCAACUGGGGCUCCAGAUUCGGCCUCAGCAGAGUUGCGUAUGUGAACCCUUAUCUCAGUCCACAUAUUGCUUUUUGCUAACAUUUGUACAGUGAGAACGGAAUCCGCAACUUCACCGGCAAGACCGACACUUCCCAGAAGCUUACGGCUCCCGAGCGAAUCCUCGCCUCCGCACUGGGAGGUGGUCUCUCCGCAUGGAAUCAGCCCAUCGAAGUCGUCCGUGUCGAGAUGCAGUCGAAGAAGGAGGACCCGAACCGCCCCAAGAAGAUGACAGUCAGCAACACAUUCGCCUACAUUUACAAGACCAGCGGUUUCAAAGGUCUCUACCGUGGUGUUGCACCACGUAUCGGUCUUGGUGUCUGGCAGACAGUAUGCAUGGUGGCUCUUGGUGACAUCGCCAAGGAGGCCGUCGAGAAGCUCACCGGUGAGGCGGUCACCGCGAAGCAUUAA